ACCUUCCCAGAAAUGAAUCUAACGGUCACAUUCCCAGACAGACGAGCACUCCACUGAGUAACUGAGUCAACGGCGUUCCCGUAAUUUCCACAGCCAACCAAUCAGCAAGCGGCUUGAAUGCAUAGCUAAGAAAAGCGUUCAAUCAAACACGCCGAUGUUCAGGAAGUGCACUGUGCAGGCUGCGUUGCCAAGAGAGCAGUGCGCGAGAGGAGAAGCGCGCUAGAGGCUGCCGCAGAGCAGAGAGCUCAACACCGCUGUCUUUUUUCCCUCAGGAAACCGAUAUAUUCACACAUUUUCAAAGGAGUUUUAAUGCUUUUGCGACAACAAGGACAUUAUACAGGUAAACGCGUUUGUAUUUCGGCUCGUCCCCCAGAGCAGAGCGGUAUCAGAGCUAGCCUGAAAUCUUGCCCAGCUCUAGCCUGCCCUGAGCGCUCUACAGAUGCAGGCGACACUGCGAUUACUUGCUAAUUCAUUGUAAAUUAUUUAGGCAACGACAAUUUUGCGCCAUUAUUUCCUGUCUAGUCUCUCCACAUAAAAAAUUAAAGACUGAAAAUGGUGCCACGGUUACCUCACCGUCGAGACAGCUUUGGGUGUCUUCAUUCAACCAUAUGCUCCAGUCUACAGUAAUAUGUCUACAAUUCUGUCCUUCCCUUGUGGAGAACAAACCAAACCUCCUGGUUUACAUCAUUACACAGCACAUAUAGUGUGAAAGCUUCCUGAACGUCUAAGUUAUUAGACUCUUUCAGUGUUAUAAUAAUAAUAAUACUGUGUUGGCAGGGUGGUCGAGGUAUGACACUGACCAGGGGCUCCUUCACUUACUCAACUGGAGAAGAGUACAGUGGUGAAUGGAAGGAAGGAAGGAGACAUGGUGUAGGGCAACUGAAGUUCUCUGACGGCACUUGUUACAAGGGUCACUUUGAGAAUGGCCUGUUCCAUGGCUCUGGGGUCUUAAUGUUCCCUGAUGGAUCCAGGUAUGAAGGUGAAUUUGCCCAAGGAAAAUUCCAAGGUGUUGGAGUUUUUAGCAGAUUCGACGGGAUGAAGUUUGAAGGAGAAUUCAAAAAUGGCCGUGUGGAAGGACAUGGCUUACUGACAUUUCCGGAUGGUUCUCAUGGCAUUCCACGGAACGAGGGGCUCUUUUCUGACAACAAGCUGCUGAAACGGGAGAAGAGCCAGGCGGUGGUGCAGCGGGCCCGGAGCUCAGCCUGCACUGCACGCAGCCUCUCUUUAUGAUCAGCACACUAAUGAUCUGAUAAUCACAAUGCUGCUGCUCUCAGAUCAGCUUCCCAAACUCCACUCCUACUGCAGAGGCAAACAUUGCGAGUGAAACUGAUUCAGGAUCUGCACAUAGAGCUCUCUUUCAUGUGGGCGUUGCAGCAGAUCCUCAGGAAUGGAUAACAGGGUUUCCUUUCCCUCUCUCACUCUUUCUCAGUGCUGGUCUGCCUCUGAUGCCUCUAGCUUAAUAUAUAUAUAUUUAAAAAAAAAACUGGGCAAGGUUAUUAUUGCUGCAUUAAUAUGAACUAUUUCAUCUUAGAUAUGGAGAAACCAAAGUCACCAUCAACAACAUGGGGCUACCGAGUGUUCUGUAUGAGGAGUCAGUGUGUAACAGUGAGUUUAUUUGCCUUUGUGAGACUGUGAUUGUGCACCUUCUUUAUUAUUUAUCUAUUUAUUUAACAUGUUUGUUUAUUUAAAUGUUAUUUCAAGCACUUUUUCAUUUUGGUAGAAACAAUCUGACUUAAAUAUAAAUUCACUUAAAUGUAUAUUAAAAUGUAAUAUCUGGAUUUGUAUAUACCUCAUGAAAAAUGACACUGUAUAUCCAGUAUUGAUGUUCGAGAUAAUCAGAAGCCUAUACACGUGGUGGACGUAUUUUGAGUACAAAGCCGAUUAUGUGCUUUUAAUUGAAAUCAGGCAGUCUGGACAAUGAAGAGUCUAAGCAGGCGAUCCUCCUGAAUGUGUGUAUUCUCACCAGUGUGUUUCAUUUAUCUUCAUGCACUUUGUGUAGUAUUUUCUUGAUGUAUGGACCGAAAGUUUUAGUCAGGCUCUACUGACUAUAAUUAUUGUAACUGCACUGUAAAAGCAUGUAUCUGAUCAUUUUUAUUCAGAAUGGUGUGGGGGGACCGAGAAGUUUGCCUCUUUUAUCUUCACCAUAAUAGCCAGGAAUGGUGUGUAUCUUCUAAGAACUAACAUAACCAUGGGUGUGGCUGUAGUCCAUUGAUCCAUAUGUCAGUGGUGUAUUCUGCUUAUCACUCAGUUUUUAUCACUCAGUAAUAAUUCUAUUUUGAUCCUCCAGGUAACAACUGCCGGAUAUUGAGAAAACAGAUUCAAAAGCUGGCUGUCAGCAGGGGAAGGAACAAAAACUAGAUUUUUAAAACAGAAAGGGGCUACACUACACCUACUACUUCUUAGCACUGACAAGGAAUGAGACUGAUACAAUAGAUGCCUAAAUAUUGAUGACAAACUAUAUAUAUAUAUAUAUAUAUAUAUAUAU